UUUCGUUGUGAUGUCCUAAUCUUCAAUAUAUUAGGUACAGUAAGUACUUUGCUAAAGAAUUUAGUUGUUUAUUAUUUGUUCGACUUGGUGUGAAUGUGAUUUGGAGUUAUCUUUUAAAGGAUUUCUUUUAAUUGUAAAACAUGGCCCCCAACAGCACAGUAACUACCACACUCACAGCAUCAGAAUUAUCACCUAGAGAAUCAAAAAUAUUACCUGAAGUGACCUAUCGUACACUUUGGGGUAAUUUCAAAACACCCCUCAUCUGGCCAAACAUCAUCGGAAUAAUCUCAGUACAUGUUAUUACAAUCAUAGGAUUCGUCACAUUUCCGUAUUUUCAACACAAAAGCACUUUUGCGUGGUGUAAUUUUCUUGCAAUUGUAGAUCUAGUUCAGUGUGUAUUUAUUGUACCUAUUUUUUUAGGUUUUGUAACAGGUUGGGCUGGAGGUUUUGGAGUAACAGCAGGAGCACACAGACUAUGGACUCAUAAAUCAUACAAGGCAAAACUUCCAUUACGAAUAUUGUUAAUAAUUUGUUAUGCGAUUGCAGGCCAAAACAGAUUGCGUGAAUGGGUCAGAGAUCAUAGAGUGCACCACAAAUUUAGCGAAUCAGAUGCUGACCCACAUAAUGCAAAUCGAGGUUUUUUUUUCGCCCAUGUUGGAUGGCUAAUGAUGCGGAAACAUCCGGAGGUUUUAAGAAAAGGAAAAUCAAUUGACUGUAGCGAUCUGUUUGAAGACUCGGUUGUUGUAUUUUUCGAAAAGUUCUUUUGGCCAAUGAAAUUAUUUUGGUGUUUCAUUUUUCCAACAAUGAUUCCGUACUUUUGUUGGAACGAAACCUUCUACUGGUGUGUGAUGAGUUGCAUAGCAAGAUACGUAUGUGGCCUUAAUUUCACAUGGUUAGUUAAUAGUGCGGCCCAUAUGUUUGGAAACAAACCUUACGAUAGAAAAAUCCAACCAGUUGAAAAUUUGAUGGUUUCUAUUUUGGCAAUGGGCGAAGGUUGGCACAAUUAUCAUCAUACAUUCCCUUGGGAUUAUAAAGCAGCUGAAUUAGGAAAUUACAAAGUUAACGCUACGACCUUACUUUUAGAUUUAUUUGCCAAAAUAGGAUGGGCCUAUGAUUUAAAAAGUCCAUCGAAACAGCUUAUACAGCAAGUUAUAGAAAAUCAUGGGGAUGGCACACGCAGAGAUUAAACUACACAUGAAAUUUUCGAGCACUAGUUAGUCUGUGACUUUGAAAUUAAGUUUGCAACAUUGAGUUAUGUACAGGGUGCUGCAAUUUGGAUGUCCUUUCGUUUAGCUGUAAAAAUGAAGAGUUUAAUUUUUUUUAAUAGGUAUCAUAGGCGGCUGUGAUAUUUUUGAAAAGCUUAUUUUUUCAGAUUUAAUUUGUCUAUUUGUGUACAUUAAUUUUAAAUAUUAAAAAAAUAACUUUUCGCUCUUUCUUUAUAGUAGGCAAUGAAAUUUUUUUGGAUUCUUAAUUAAAACUAUAAAAAUUGUAUUUCACCCAACAAGUAUUUAUAAUUUAAUAUUUUUUAAACACUAAUUAAUUCAAAAACAGCAAAAUAAAUUAUUAUUUGAUAAAAAUUUUACAAUUAAUAAAAAAUAUUUGUUUUCAGAUUUAAAAUGGCAAGCUUACAUUGUUAUUCUAUUUUCUAAUUAAACAUGAAAUGUCGGAAAAAGAAAAAUCUUAUUAAUUGUAUGAUUGCCGGUCAAUAAAAUUUUAUUUUACAAAAAAUGUCAAUCCAAGCACCAUAAUCAAAUCCCAUCGGUGGUAAAAAAAACAUAACAUUAUCAACGUCACCAACAUUGCACUUCACUAAAUCAUAAAAAAAAAUGUCAUCAAAUGAUAGUGACAUCGUUUUCAAUUUUCUGCACAUUACUUUCAAUUAUUUUAAAUUUUAUAUAUUCUAUCAAAAGUAUGUAAACAUAUCAAACUGAAUUUAUAUUGUUUUCAGUUCAGGAAAAAAUAAGCUUUUCCAAACUGUCAUAGCAACUGUGAUUCCUGACAACAUUAUUAAGUUAUCUGUAAAAAAGUGUCUGUAUAAUGUUUUUGUUUCAAAUGUGUAUCUUUUAUGUAAGAAAGAUAUGAAUUUUUAAGAUUUCGCUUAAAUGUUAACUUUUGUUUAUAAGUAGUAAACAAAAGACCCUAGCAAGAUGUGGUUUUGACCACAAUUAUUUUCUCAAAAAGUAGGCCUAAGAAUGUAUGUAUGUAUGUUUUUCUUUAAACCUCUCAGUUUCGGAGAUGCCCUAUUGGGACAUUCAAACUGCAGCACCCUGUAUCUGUAUACAGGCCAAAAAAUUUUAAGUUUAUAUUAUCUGUCUAUAAAAAAAUUUCAUUUUUGCUAACUUAAUAUCAAGAAUCAGGAUCAGUCAUUUUUUACCUUCUGUAUUAUCCAUAUUUUUAUUUUGCUAUAAAGAAUACAGAGUGAUUCUUUUAGAAACUAUAUUAAAAACUUUUUAACAUUUAAUAUAACUAGAGCUUUGAAAUUUUGUAUACGACCCAAAUUGACCAUUCUGAGUUUAACUAAAUGAUUUUCAAAAUAGCUGAGUUUUCGGAACUACAAAAAAUUGGCGCCAAGUUCCAAAUUGUAAAUAGUAACUACACAUUUUAUUGCAUAUUUGAAUUCACCUUCUCAAGCUGAGUAAACUUUUCCGAAGUUGUAGGUACUUGCGUGUCAUAGUUUUUGACAUACGUCAAUUUUUUUUGUUAAAAUUUUCAUUUGCGAGUGUUUAUCUAAGACAUCACAGCCCUUGAAUCCUUUGCGAUAGGUAAAUAUUUUUCUUUUGCAUUUGAUAACCGAAGGUUCAGAGAGUCUUCUAGUAUUUUCAAAACUGUCAAUUGUCAAAAAAACUGCUAUACCUCAAUUUUUUUAAAUAUAACGGCCCUAUUUUCUUAACGGCAAACGAAAGAACAUCGAUAUUUACAGUUACUUUUAUCAAUACGUACUAUACCAACCUCUUAUAGUUUUUGAAAAAAAUCACAAAAAACGAUUUUACUUCGUAAUUUUCAUAGUUAAUCAAGUAUACCUUGCAAAAUAGUUUACAAUUGUCAAACUUCAGCAUUUUAUUUAAUUUUUAUUUGGUUUAUUAUGGAAUAAGCAGUAAAACAAUAAUAUUUAAAAAUGUGUUAUUAUAAUUAAAACUCAUAAUUGAGUGCAAUCGAAUUUUGAACUUCUUGAAUGAAAAUAGUGAACAAAUCGAACAUUUCUUUUAAUUAAUAAGACAAUUUCAUCGUAUUUUUCGAAAAUUUACAUGAUUUCAAAAUUUCUAAAACAUUCAAAAACAAAAACAUCAAAAACAUCAUUUUUUAAUCAUUAUUUUCAAAAAAUCAUAGUAGCUUUGCAAUUUGACAGAUGACAAUCCUGAAAAUUUGAGAAGACCCUUUGAACCUUUGGCUAUCAAAUACAAAAAGAAUAUUCACUUAUUUUAAAGGAUUCAUAAGCUGUGAUAUUUUAAAUAAACUCUUGCAAAUGAAAAUUUGUAUAAAAAAAUUGACGUACGUCAAAAAAAGAUAAGUACUAACAAUUGGGUACAUUUUAUUCAAUUUAAAGAGACAAAUUCACAAAUGCAAUAAAAUAGAUGCCAAUUUCUCGUAGUUCCGGAAAUUCAGCUACUUUAAAAAAAAUUUAGUUGAAAUUUAAAUUGUAUACAAAAUCUUAAAGCUCUGGGUAUAUUAAAACUUAAAAAGUUUCUAUUGUAGGCCCUAAAAGAAUCAGCUUGUAGAUUUUUUAUAUUUUUCAUGUUAGCAGUAAAUAAAUAUACUCGUAGGAACAAAUAUCCAAAUUUGCGUUCCUUAGAAGUAUAGAAACAUUUGUUUAAAAUACGUUCAUUUGUUGUACCUAUAUCAUUAAAUUGUUUGUAAUAAACUGACAUAAAGCUUA